AUGUCCCACAACACUCCCAUUACAGAGAAACGCCGCGUGCUGGUGGUGGGGUCAGGGGGUGUGGGGACAAUGGUCUCUGUCGCCCUCGAGCGAUCGAAUAUGGCAUCAGUCACAGCUGUACUCAGGUCCAAUUAUGAGCAAGUUACUCAGCAUGGAUUCGAGAUUGAAUCCAUCGACCAUGGGAGAUUGUCCAACUGGAGACCAAGCGCAGUUGUCAACUCGGUCCCCAUGGCUGAUCUCAAGGCUCCGUUUGACUAUGUGAUUGUGACAAUGAAAAACAUUCCCGAAGUAAACAAUAUCCCCAAGAUCAUCGCACCAGCAAUCACGCCGGGUCACACAACAAUCGUACUGUUCCAGAACGGCAUGUACAUUGAACCGCCCAUAAUCGAAGCUUUCCCAACAAAUGCUGUACUAUCAGCACCCAGCUAUAUUGGCGCACAUGAGCAUAAUGGACAUGUUGUACAUGAUGAUCACGACAACUUCCAUAUAGGCGUCUUCCACAACACAUCGCUAGACGAAGCAUCCGAGCGAGAAAAGCUAGAGGAAUUCGCAAGGAUCUACAACGGAAGCAAAGUGGUGGACGCAAACAUCGUGGACGACAUCGUGUUUUAUCGCUGGCGGAAAUUGCUCUGGAAUGGAGUUUUUAAUCCAAUGUGCGCCAUUACGCAGCUGAACAGUGGUGCAAUCCGAACAUUCGGUGGCGAGCACAGCUUGAUUAGACCAGGGAUGAUGGAAAUGGUGUCCAUCGCCAGGGCCGAUGGCUAUGAUCUUGGGCCUGGUAUUGUGGACGAGGUCAUCGAUCGCCCGCCAAUUGAACUAGCCUUUCGUCCCAGCAUGCUUGUGGAUGUGGACAAAGGCAAUCCGAUCGAGGUGGAGGUCAUUUUGGGUAACGCGUUGGGUGUUGCGAAAGAGAAAGGUGUUCCGACGCCACUCUUGGAUACCACAUACCGGUUCUUGAAGCUCAUUCAGGCGCGGCUGUUGGCUGCAAGGGGGCUGGUUGUUGAGCCGAAAGAGCUACCAACCACUGAUUUGAUAUAA